AUGGAAAUUUGGAUACAUAUAACGGAUACAGAUAAGAUAAUAUCUAACCUUGGACAUAUCAAGAACAAUAAAGGUGUGAUUUUAAAAGGAAAUGUUUGCAAAAGAAGUGGCUAUAAACGAAUUGAUUUAAGCAUUAAUAAUAUUCGUACAUCAACUGAUAUUCAUAUCUUAGUUGCACAAGCCUUUAUUCCUAACCUAGAAAAUAAGCCUUACGUUAACCACAUUAACAGUAUCAAACUUGAUAAUCGGGCUAUUAAUUUGGAAUGGGUAACUCCUAAAGAGAAUGCUGAACAUAAAAUAUUCACAAAUACUGGCCUUAGUAGCUCUAGGCUGUUGUGCAGAAACAUUGGAUGGAAUGUUCUUCAAAUUUGGAAUUCAAUCCCUUGCUUAAAAAUCACAGGAAAUAUCAUUUUAGAAUAUUGUAAUGGAAAGUAA